GAGGGAGCCCCGUGAUUCGCCCCCUCCCUAAAGCGCAGCCCGUUGCGGGGACGAUGAGUUGAGCAGCCGCCGGCACCACCGGCUCCGCAGCACCUGGGCACCGCGCCCCUGCGGCGGCCCGGCCCGCCCCGCCCCGCCUGGGGCUGGGCGCGGCUGCGGCCGGCUUUGCCUUUGCUGCCCUCGCCCCGAGCCGGGCGCGGCGAUGGCUCGGGGCCCCGGCUGGCUGGCGGCGGCGGCGGCGGCCGCGCUGCUGUUGCUCCUUCUGGCGCCCAGCUCGGAGGCCGGCUGCGCCGAGCUGGGGCGCUGCUGCCGGGGCAGGGACCUGGCUUGUGUCAGCAGCGGCUGGAGACCGGACCGAUCCCACGGCGCCUGCUACUGCGACCAGGCGUGUCCCCGCACCAUGGACUGCUGCCACGACUACCCGCAGGCCUGCCCAGAGGUCUCCUGUGCUGUAUCCGAGUGGAGCGACUGGAGUGGCUGUGCAGAGCCUUGCCAAGCAACAUACCGAGUUCGGAGGAGACACGUCGUGCAGGAGCCUAGAAAUGGAGGUGAGGCGUGCCCUCCUCUGGAGGAGAAGGCUGGCUGUGUGGAGUACUGGAACCAGGAAGGAGCUGAGUGCAAACAGUCCCUUAUUCCAGCAUUAAUAACCACAGGAGGUUAUGGGAGAGCAAGGAAAAAGAGAGCUGCGUCCAGCGACAAUGAAGGAGCAGGAUCACUGCCAUCAUGGAAGGCUGUUUGCAGGGGAACAGUUCCUAUACUCAGUGGAUGCGAUAUCUCAGCGAGGGGCACACAGUCUGCGUGGAGUGCCAGCACCCGGCCCUGGAUUCCAGGAAUCUGCAUUGCUACGGGGAUGGCAGUGGAAGCAAAAAGAAUCAGCUGCUGCACUGGCAGGCCAUGGGGAAUCCCCAGUGCAGAGGAACCUGGAGGAGAGUUCGCCAGCUGGACACUUGCUCCUGUCCUUCCGUUCACAGCUUCUUGUUCAUCUAACCCUUCUGAACUGGCCCAGCGCCUCCAAGCCUGAGCCGCAUGAUCGUGGCUUUGGCACAAAGAUUGAAGUAACAACCCCACCCCACCCCACCUGCUGAUCAGUCAGUAAAGCCCCUCUUGGACUGCUUCAAGGAGGUUGCCACCUGCCAAGGCUGAGGCUGAAAACCCCUUCAUAUCCACCCAUGCUCCUGGCUCUCUGAAGAAGACAAGCUGACAAAGCAACUUCAGUCUUUUUCCCCACACUUCCUUCCAUGAAUGUCCCCUGUGCCUGAGAGCAGCCACCCUGACUUGGGCCAUCAGUCAGUCCCCUUCUCUACUUCCAGGUUCCUCCUUCCCUGAGACUUGCCAGCGAGAAGCCACCAAAUAAGAGAAUUCAAAAAAGAAUUACAAUACAUGUAUUGUUUAAAAACCUAGCUAAGUAGCCAACAAGAGACAUGCAAAAUGAGUCCACUUAAACUGCCUCCUCUCCGUACAGAUAACCCCCCUGCCUGGAGGGCACUCCAUUGCCACCCCCCUUCCCCCCAUGCUUUUGCUGUUUUAUGUUGGGUUCCUGGUAGGUACAGCACUGGCCCCUAUUGAAAUUUGGGGCAAAGCUCUCAUUUACUUCAGUGAGAGGCGUUUUGAGCCCUUAGGGACUGAUCCUGAAGGGUGCUGAGUGCCUCAUGGGUGUUUCUGGGCACCCUCUGCUCCCAUUGGGCUGGAUCCUGCUUCCAUUGAGAGAUAUAUUUAUGAGAGGGUUGCUUGCGAUAGCAGGGGACUGGACUCGAUGACUCAGGCCAUCCCUUCCAGUUCUCUGUUCUUUUGUGCAAAGUUUCCAUUUCAGGAUCAGGCCUGUUGAACCCAAUGGGAGUUGAAGGUACUAUGGAGAAUGGAGUCCUUUGAUUUCAGGCUUCAAGGAUCGUGGACCAUGUUAUCUCCACUGUCUGUGAAGUCCCUAGAACACCUUUGGAGUGUAUAGAAAACGUAGCCAUUUCAUGUGCAGCCGGGAGAUAACUGUUCCUUUUUGUUUGCACAUGGAACUGUUUGAAGUAUUUUCUUUAUAAUGGUUGGGUUUUGUUGUAACACUUUCCUGUAGUAAAUAAAGAGAUGCUGGAGACAUUCUAACGCUGUUUGUUGAUCUGUUUCUAUAGUGCCAUCAUUGAGCAGUUGGCCAUUGAGAGCUCAGUCCAGCUAAUCAUACUUCUCUGCCACAGGAUAUAGGAUAAGGAUGGAUCUCUCAGAUAUCCAAUCCCCAGUCCAUUUAGAACUUCCAAAAAAUCCCAAGCACCUUGCAUGAAUGGCCCCAAGAAGCUGACAUGACAUUUUUACAUACACUUUGUUUUUAAAUUUAAUUAAUCAAAAAACUAAAUAUAAUAAAAUAAAAAGCCCAUCUUUCUAGCUUUGCCUUAAUAGGAUCCCUCAUUUGGACAGUCAGAGUGGCACUUAUAUGUGCUAAUGUUCAUUUGAUGGACCUAAAUAACACAGUAUACAGUAGAGUUGUAUGGGAUAAAGGGAAAUUCUGUAUUUGGCCUACAGAUGGAAUGCUCUAGUCUAGUGCAGUGGCUCUCAACCUUUCCAGACUACUGUACCCCUUUCAGGAGUCUGAUUUGUCCUGCGUACCCCAAGUUUUACCUCGCUUAAAAACGACUUCUUACAAAAUCAGACAUAAAAAUACAAGUGUCACAGCACACUGUUACUGA